AUGUUGAUAACGCACAGGGGCACGAAGGUCGAUAUUGGGCCAAACACGUCGCACCCCACCGUGACAGUCACCAUCAAAUCGCAUGGAGCUCAGCAUAGGGCCAAAUUCUCGACAUCGACCUCCUCGAACGCUCACGAUGAUACGAUUCGAGACGAGGACGCGUUCGCAAAGCGCUUCUUGACAUCCCAGAGCUCCAUCUACUUCCGCAAGCGAAAAACCUACCCUCGAUGUUUCUUCUGGCGGGUUAUUGAAGAUGGCACCUGUCUCGAGCUGAGAGCUGUCGACCUGACGAAGAGCUCACAAGAUCAUCACGAAGCGAAUGUUGCCAUUCGAUUGGAGUUUGAAGAUACCAUCGUGCCUCAUGGUGUGGCUCUGGCGGACUUGGAGGGUCACGAAUCACUUAACGUCUUUGUUAUGCUGAGGUCGAAGCAGCUGUAUACCUUCACAUUGAGACCGGAAUACUUUCGGAAACCAGAGUUGAUAGAUGAGAACAUAAAUGAUUGGUGCAAGACGUGCAGUCCGGCGCCUUUAGGAUUCUCGUUUCCACACAGGCUGUACGCUGCCUCGCCUUAUGAACUGUUUAUUUCGCUUGAUAGCGGAUCUCUCUUACGUCUGACGAGGAAAGUUGGUGAUGAUGGAUCUCAUUGGUUCCCAGUUACCUUCGAUGAAAAGAGUUGGAGUUUUUCCUUACGGGGCCUCGUUAAGUGGAACGGUGAUCAAACGGUGCAAUAUGAUGGCAGGUUUCUAGACCCAAAUACUCCCAAUGCUGUUGCGACAACCUCCGACCAGGCGUUUGUCUUUGUGGUUAGCUUAAAUCAUACGUUAAAAGUCUGGAAUCUAGCAAGCCAAAAGCUCGUUGGGUCUAAGGACUUGUUGAACCGAAACAGCCAGUCCCAGGAUACCGGGUCUUUGACCUUGAACCCGGAUGAGUCCGCAUUUAUUCGGGUUUUUACCGCAGAGAGGGCGACGGAGGGUAGUAUGUACUAUGUCGUGACAUACUCGCCUCAAGAUGAUGGCCAGUUUAAAUUCUGGGCCGUUGGAGGUGGAAUGACAGGCCAAUUAGUGAUCGAGGACCUUUUCCCGGACACGAAACUCCAACCUGCUGACCCAGACCCGUCUGGAAGCGUUUUCUGGAAUGUGGCCGACUUCCAAAUCAAAUCAAUGGACGAAGGCAGAAAUAUGGCACUUUGGGUACUCUGGAAAAGCCAUAACUCUUAUCGGCUUUACAGUAUUCACUUCGAUUUGGUCGAUUUAGCCAAGGUGUGGAAUAACAAUUGGACAAUGACCGCGUUCACAUUCCCAGGAAGCAGUGCGCCCCCUAGCCCCAUACGAUCCGAUACCACGGAUACCCAAGAAAAAUGGAUUGAAUACAUUUUUGCGCCUGGCAGGUACUCAACCGAGAUUAUCAGAACCGCGCUGGCUAUUUAUCAAGAUGCUAUGAAGCUAAAGCACACUCGCUCUAUGAAUAGCAAUUCGAUGUCAUCAUCACUACAACAGGACGUCAGUACAGCUAUAACGCAAUCGGUUACACUAAGGCAGCUCCCUGGCGCGGAAAUGGACUUCUCAAAGUAUUAUAGAGACCUGGAAGCAAGAUGGCAGCAAUUCUGGCAGAUUGUCGAGGAUAUUAACAAGAAAACACAGGAAGCGAUAAGCCUUGCCUAUGAUACAUUCAGUGACCUUCCAUGGCUAAUAUUCAGUGGCGGAUCAGCCAUAAUCCGUGAGUGUGAUAGUACCGAACUCAUUUUGCACAAUGAUGGGGAAACCCUAGGCAAUGGCAUUGGUGUUCUUGAAUCCUGCUGGCCGCAUAGGAACAUCCCACGAGAAUUAAGAGAUUUUCCUGGCCAAUCUGCAAGCCUUGCUAACCUUGCAAUGGCGUUUCGAAAAUUAUUCCCGCAGGAGCUUAGCGAGUCAAGCCGCACUGCAAUGGAUAACGAAGUCUUUUCGGAGCCUUCCCUUUCUGCUGCUGAAAGAGUCGAAGCUUUCCAUAGCAGCUGUGGCUUUGCAGACCAUAUCACGGAAGAGUUAUUUGAAGCUGGCUGUGCAAAUAUCGAGGAGUCUAUUGGAUACAAAGGCCUCACCAACGAGAUAUUUUUCUCCGUUAUUGACACACUACCCUUAAGUUUCCCGGGAAAGGACUCGGAGCUUCAGUCUACGGCCUUUGGGCGCCACGCAAUAACUUAUGGUGCUCUAGAGGUCCUAAUCCAGAGCAGGCAACUCAUCCAUGACCUGUUGCUCUUUGCCGUUUUCGUCGAGACUGAAGUGAACCUCGAGGCUGAGAACACUCAGUUUGAUGGGCCUAUGAUCUUCAGCACAUUAGUCGACCUUCUGAAGGAGUACGAGUUAAUGAUAUGGCUGGGGACAAAUGUACGAUACCGACAGAGGAAGAACCGGUCUGAUUCUGCCCCUGUUCGACCCGACCCAAGAGGUUGUGGAUACAACCACUGCUCUACUGUCCUGGAAGACCUAUUUGCUAUUCACAUCAAGCCUCAGCCUGCUGCGGGUGUACCCCAGAUGUACUCAAUUACACAGCAGAUUCAAGACGUCAUAUCUUGGGUUACAAGACAGGGAGAAGUGUCCUUCUCAAACGUUUUAGUAUUCAUUCAGUGUGACUUGCUCGCUUCCGACAACCUUGAGCUUGCAUCUGAUUUCAUGCGUUUCCAACCAAAUACUGCCUGGGCAACUUAUGUCAAGGGGCGACUAUACCUCGCCAAAUCCGAUUUUGACACUGCAGCUAUUUACUUCCAAAAAGCUGCUUACCUUCUUUCCUACGGAAAAGCUGUUGGGAACCUACACGAAAUGUCCUCAAAUUUGCUUGACAUUGUGUCAGUGGAUAGCUUCUACAACGGGCUUCCGAGAUAUUUCCAGCAUGUUGUUAGCCUUUUCGAACUUGCUCGGGCUUUCAUCCACGUUGCCGACUUUGCCAAUCUCGCUUUGCAAGCUCUAGGCUCUAGCCCAAAGAAAAAUGAAACAGAUCUGGAACAUAAGAACCUUCGAAGUGACCUACUUUCCCGGCUAUUCCACGCAUCUUUAAAAACAUGCCGAUUUGACGAUGCCUACUCAGCUCUUGCCAGAUAUACAGAUCUCGCAUUGCAGAAAUCAGCGCUAACCUCUCUCACCACUACAAUCUUGACAGCUUAUGGAUCCGGCACAGCAGGCUUACAGAAAGUCCUUCGUCUCCCACUUUCUCUGACCCCUCAUCUUUGUUCUCAUGUGGAUGACAUUCUGUCAUCUCUUGCGAGCAAGCAAUCGCUUCUAGGUUCUUCUUCAAACCAAGCCGUGCCCCUAAAUACUUGGCAGGGUUCCCAAAACAUCCCAGAAUACCAUCAUGUCCUAAAGGCCUACCGAAUUGCACGAAACGAUAUCCGUGGGGCAGCAGAAAUUUCAUAUCAAACAGUUAACCGUCUAAGAGACCUUAGAGACCGUCCGGCUGCUUCGAGAGUGAAGUUCAUAACACCCGAUGAUGCCUCUAACGAUCUAAACGAGGACGACAUUGAGAGCAGAGAGUUGCGAAAUGAACUUCUUUCCCUUAUCAACUUGCUUGCAUGUAUGGAGAAAAAUGAGGCAUACAUCGUUGUUGAGCAAUUUGAUCCAAAUGCAAACUGGCGCGAUAGUAUGAGCACCCUCUCCCGACCAAGAAGCAGCAUGGAAGAUCCAUUUACCACCUCACAUUCCUCCGCCAAGAAUCCCUUCUCGCAGAGCUUGGAUUUGCCUGACUCUCCCACUGCCCAGCAUAAUUCAGUUCUAUCACGGUCAUCUUCUAGCCUAAAGAAUACUCACGCAAAACGGACCGUGAUCACGCUCGAAGAUCUUCGAAAGGAGUAUCAAAGCGAGUUGGAUCGAGUGAGCAGGAUUCGAAGUGGAGAUUGGGAAUUUGGCGUGGUGGAAGACCUAGAAAUGGCUGGUGUAUGA